UCCUCCGUCAGACACGACGACCUGAAGGAGAUGUUGGACAGCAACAAAGACUCCCUGAAGCUGGAGGCAAUGAAGCGGAUCGUGGCUAUGAUCGCCCGAGGUAAAAACGCAUCAGAUCUCUUCCCUGCUGUGGUGAAGAAUGUGGCCUGUAAAAACAUUGAGGUGAAGAAGCUGGUCUACGUUUACUUGGUGCGUUAUGCUGAGGAGCAGCAAGAUCUCGCUCUGCUCUCCAUUUCCACCUUUCAGCGCGGGUUGAAGGAUCCGAACCAGCUGAUCCGAGCCAGCGCGCUGCGAGUCCUCUCCAGCAUUCGAGUCACGAUCAUCGUCCCCAUAAUGAUGUUGGCCAUCAAAGAAGCUGCCUCUGACAUGUCCCCGUACGUCAGGAAGACAGCCGCUCACGCGAUUCCUAAACUCUACAGUUUGGAUCCAGAGCAGAAGGACCAGCUGAUAGAAGUCAUAGAGAAACUCCUCGCUGACAAAACCACGCUGGUGGCAGGAAGCGUUGUUAUGGCUUUUGAGGAGGUUUGUCCGGAGCGCAUUGAGCUGAUCCACAAGAACUACAGGAAGCUGUGUAACCUCCUGAUCGACGUGGAGGAGUGGGGGCAGGUCGUCAUCAUCAACAUGCUGACCCGCUACGCCAGGACCCAGUUCCUCAACCCGAACAUGAACGAGUCCCUGCUGGAGGAGGGAAACGACAAGGCCUUCUACGGCUCUGAUGAUGAUGAGGACGAGGAGGAGGACGAGAAAGACAAGAAGGCAGAGGCUCCCGCCAUGGCCAAGAGGAAGCCGUACGUGAUGGAUCCAGACCACCGGCUGCUGCUGAGAAACACCAAGCCGCUCCUGCAGAGCCGCAACGCAGCUGUGGUGAUGGCUGUGGCUCAGCUUUAUUUCCAUCUUGCCCCGAAAGCGGAGGUCGGGGUGAUUGCCAAGGCCCUGGUCCGUCUACUGAGGAGCCACAGUGAAGUCCAGUAUGUCGUUCUUCAGAACGUGGCAACAAUGACGAUUAAGAGGAGGGGGAUGUUUGAACCGUACCUGAAGAGUUUCUACAUCCGCUCUACAGAUCCAACCCAGAUUAAAGUCCUUAAGCUGGAGGUUCUCACCAAUCUGGCCAAUGAGACGAACAUUUCCACCAUUCUCAGAGAGUUUCAGACGUACAUUAAAAGCAUGGAUAAAGACUUUGUGGCCGCCACGAUCCAAGCCAUCGGCCGCUGCGCUACAAACAUCGGCGAGGUGAGGGACACGUGUCUGAACGGCCUGGUGCAGCUGCUGUCCAACCGAGACGAGCUGGUCGUAGCCGAGUCGGUGGUGGUUAUUAAGAAGCUGCUGCAGAUGCAACCGGAGAAACACAGCGACAUCAUAAAGCACAUGGCGAAGCUAACGGACAACAUCCAGGUGCCGAUGGCACGCGCCAGUAUCUUGUGGCUGAUCGGAGAAUACUGUGAGCAUGUGCCGAAGAUCGCCCCGGAUGUCCUGAGGAAGAUGGCCAAGUCGUUCACUAAUGAAGAGGACAUCGUCAAGCUGCAAAUCAUCAAUUUGGCCGCCAAGCUCUAUCUCACCAACUCCAAACAGACCAAACUGUUGACGCAGUAUGUUCUUAACUUGGCCAAGUACGACCAGAACUACGACAUCCGCGAUCGGGCGCGCUUCAUUCGGCAGCUCAUCGUGCCCACCGAGAAGAGCGGAGCGCUCAGCAAGUACGCUAAGAAACUGUUCCUCGCCCUCAAGCCUGCACCGAUCCUCGAGUCUCCGUUUAAAGAUCGAGACCACUUCCAGUUGGGUUCAUUGUCCCACUUGCUGAAUGCCAAGGCUGGCGGCUACCAGGAGUUGCCUGACUGGCCUGAAGCCGCCCCAGAUCCGUCCGUGCGCAACGUGGAGGUUUUUACGCUGCUUGAAAGAGUCACAACAUUAACGAGUGUGCCCGAAUGGACCAAAUGCAGCAGCCGCGAGAAGAGGAAGGAGAAGAAAGUGGAGAAGCCGUUCUACUCUGACUCAGAGGGAGAGUCUGGGCCGACGGAGUCAGCUGACAGUGAGUCGGACUCGGCCAGCGGCUUGGAGAGUGGCAGCGGCAUCGAGGAGAGCGGCUCGGGAUCAGAGAGCGAGGAGAGCGAGGAAGGCUCUGAGUCUGAAGAAGAGGAGGAGGAAGAGGAAAAGGACAAGAAGAAGAAAAAGAAAGAAUUGAAGAAGCCAGUGCAAGAAAGCGAAAGCGAGCAGAGCAGUGAAGAAGAAGUGAGGAAGCACGAGAGGAAGAAUAAACAACGCAAGAGCGACUCGGAGUCUGAAUCCGACGAGGAGGACGACAGCGAGUCUGAAAGCAGCCGAUCGGAGUCUGAAGACUCGGAGUCUGAGACAGAAGUCAAAAAGAAAAAGAAGGCAGCUGAAUCCAAACCUCCGUCGAAGCCCGUCAAGAAAGAGAAGAAAGAAAUGUCUCUGCUCGACCUGGAUGAUUUCGAGCCUGCUCCCUCUCCUCAAGUCACGCCCGUCAACACCUUCCUGUCGAGCAGCCUCGUGACCGACCUGGAGGGAUUGUCUCUGUCUGACACCGUUCUCUCUCCGGCAACCACCUCUCCCUGCAGUGCGCUGAAGAGCUACGAGCUGCUGCACCGGAUCACGGGCGAGGGUCUGUGCGUGGAGUACUGCUUCAGCCGACAGCCGUUCAGCCCCGACGGCAACAUGGUGGCGGUGCAGAUGCAAGUCACCAACAACUCCACCUCCGACACCAAGAACCUGCACAUGGAGGACGUGAAGCUCCAGUCUGGGAUGAGGGUCAAAGAGUUCCCUGAGAUCGAGCUGCUGCCGGCAGGUGAGUCGGCCACAGCUGUGAUGGGCAUCGAUUUCUGUGACUCAACACAAGCCGCGAACUUCCAGCUUUGCACUCACACCAGGAAGUUCUUCGUGUCGAUUCAGCCGCCGGUCGGGGAGCUGAUGAGGCCCGUCUUCCUGACGGAGAAUGAGUUUAAAAAGGAGCAAGGUCAGCUGAUGGGUAUGAACGAGAUCACGGAGAAGCUAACCCUGGACGCAAAGUGCCGGAACGAACACGCCAUCGUCCAGAGUGUGAUCACCGCCGCCAACCUCAGCAGAGUCCCCUGCGGUUCAGAUAGAGAGUGCAGUCCUCCUGUUCCUCCUCCUGCUCUUCCUGUCCACAGGUUCGCCGGCAGGACGGUGACCAGCGGCAGCCUGGUGUUGGCCACCGUGGCGUCCAAAGAGGAAGGAGCCGCCCAGCUGACGGUCAACUGCGAGAAGAUGGUGAUCGGCACGAUGCUGGUGAAGGACAUCCUCCUGGCUCUGACGCAGUGACGUGUGACCUUCUUUGCCCCCCUCUGCCCCCCUUCUGCCCCCCUCACCCUAACACGCCUCUCGCAUAUCGUCCAUGACACUUGUAGCACCUCCUCCUUUCUCCUGUUAGCGGUGCGAGAUGUUUACGACAAUCAGACAUGACCUGGUAUAAGAUCCCUCUCUCCCUUUUAAAGUUUCUUACAUGUCGUUAUCCAAAAAACACUUAAGAAUCAAUAAAACAAAUCUACUUAAAGUGAAAAGUAGUUCCAAUCUACACAUCUGAGAAAUAAAGGACUUCAUUUCAAGAUGGUUCAAUGACAGAAAACACAAAAGGUCCUCUUACUGAAUGUUUACGGAGCUUUCAACCACAUGUAAUGGCCUUUUUCAGCGGAUGGAGUUACUCGCUUGUCAGACUCACUGAAUGAAAGGCAGUGCUUAACAUAAGACAAAGGCAUUAAGACGAGGUGAGACGAUAAUAAAAGAAUACACAUAGUUACAUGUGAGUGAAGUAAAACAGGCGACAGAAGUCAGCUAAAAUAAAUAAAAGUGGUAAAACGGGAGAAUUAAAGUUGCACAAUGUAUGAAUACAUAAACAAAAUAGGUUUUGAUCCAGAUAAUGUCAAAAAAUAAUGAAUGAAUCCCAGUUUCAGCAGAUCAGAGCGUUUAAAACAGACUUCAAACCGCUCACAGCUCAAGCCAUCGAUGACCCAGAGACGGAUACCGGAGGCUCUUCACAUCCAAUCAUAACCCCAAAAUAUGCACACCUGUAAAGAUGUGACCGUGCACGCACAUACUGAGGUCAUGUGACUCCAUCUGCUGAGGAAGGUCACGAGAUUUAAAUGUUAUUAAACCUUCUUUUCAUCACAAACAAAAACGUUGUCUUCCUAUAACUCUAUUCUGAGAAAACAUCCAAAUCAUCUGUCCUAUUGUUUCCAAGGGGACGACCAACUCUGCCAACGUUAGCCUCACUUAUCAUUCCAGGAUGUAGAUAAUAUAAAUAAUAGUUAUACCCCGAAACAAGUCACCUGUAAGAUCAGCGUAGUAACUUUCCAGUUCUUUGAAGUGAUCACUUGAAUGUAGCAUGAAGGCUCGACUGAGACAACACCUACCUGGAAGUGAACCGUUCCACUUUGUUACAAUAAGCUUCGUUAAUAUCUCGGCUGCUCCCGGAGACAAAGACGCAUCUUCAUCUCAAAUUCUGCCACUCUUAAGAAUCUUCCUCGCUGUCGACGUGCACACGUUCAUUACUAUAAGUUUAUAAAAACUGAAGAUGUAUAAAUGUUAUUGGAUGUAUUGCAACAUGUAAUACAGUACUACUAUAAGUAAGGUGUGAGUGUGUGUGUG